AUGCAGCGCAAACUGCAGUUGCUGAACUCGUUGUCGCAGAAGCUCGAGGACUUUGAGCCGCGCGAGGGUCGCGCGCUGGAGUGGUACGUCUGCGGACCGACCGUCUACGAUGUAUCGCACCUGGGCCACGCGCGAAACUACGUGGCGACCGACGCGAUGCGGCGAAUUCUAGAGGACUAUUUCGGGUACCAUGUGAAGCAGUGCAUGAACAUUACGGACGUCGACGACAAGAUCUUGCGACGCAGCGCGGAACUAGGAGUGGAGUUUGAGCAGCUGGCGCGCUUCUACGAGGCGGAGUUUUUCGCCGAUCUGCAGGGCCUGAACUGCCGGCUGCCCUCUGUGGUUACGCGCGUGACGGAGCACCUUCCGCAAAUCGUUGCGUACGUGGAACAGAUCAUUGCCAACGGCUUCGCAUACGAGGCACAGGGUUCGGUUUAUUUCGAUGUUGAGGCUGACGCUGCAGUGCGCGACGAGCAGGUACUCACUGCAGCGCGCGCACAAGGCAAGCGUAGCUUCCGCGACUUCGCGCUGUGGAAACGCGCGGGCGCGGAUGAGGUCGGAUGGUCCAGUCCGUGGGGCCGCGGGCGGCCCGGUUGGCACAUCGAGUGCAGCGCAAUGGCGAGCUACGCGCUGCAGCCAGUGAUCGACUUGCACUCGGGAGGCGUGGAUCUGCGCUUCCCGCACCACGACAACGAGAUCGCGCAGUGCGAGGCGUACUUCCAGUCGGAUGAGUGGGUGCGCUAUUUUCUGCACGUUGGGCACUUGAACAUCAACGGCUGCAAGAUGUCGAAGUCGCUGAAGAACUUCGUGAGCAUCCAGGAGAUGCUCAAGCGGCACACGUUUCAAGAGAUUCGCAUUCUUCAUGGACGAAUGGUUUCUGAAGACGCGAUCUAG